UUAGCUAUACAUAAUUGGUUGCUAAGGUUAUUCACUAGUCAAAAAGUCCACUUUGCUGCAGGCAACAGAUAUUUGCCCAAGAUGCUUAGGGUUUGACAGAAUACAAAAUUUAAUGUUCUUCUGAGAAGUUUCAGAGAAGAGGACCAGCGUAAACCCUAUUUCCUUAAUAGCCCCCAGACAUUAUUUUAGUUUACUCACAUCGUCAAUGUUAAAACCCAUUUUGUCUACAUUUACAGUGGAAAGAAACGAUAUACAAUGGUCUGGGGUGGGGCAAAUUGGUGAUGGGAGUUUUUUCGUGUGUGCAAAUUUCUCUAAGAAUUUGUUAUAGCUUGUAAUAUCUGAAAUUAAAAACAAAAACAAAAAACAUACAAACAGCAAACGUUUGUUUGCUAAGCACGACCAAAUUCAGUUUAGGUUCUGUCUCAUCUGGAAAAUGUUCCCUAAUUCCACCUUCCCCGCAGCCUCACCAACCCCAGCACCCUCUCCGAGUAUCAAUUGUUCUUUUAUGCUACAUGGGUUUUCAUCACUUUAACCUAUUACUUCUGAAAGCAUUCAAUAAAGGGUAGCUCUUAUCCUAGCUCUAAAGACGAUGUCAGACGCGCGGUUUAUUAUUUCCCCGCCGACUCUAACUAGGGUAAGCCCCUUUGGGAGGAAUUCAGGAGCUAAGUAAGCGACAAGGUGUUCCAGAAAGAGAACUCCUGGGAGUGCAGCUUCCCGGACCCUGAGAUUCCUGAAAAGAGAGGAAAUUCCGAAAAACCUUUUCGCGACAGGUAUCGAAGUUUUCCUGAAAGAGCAGAAGAACUCGGAGGCAGAACCACUAAAACCAACGGCCGGAGGGACCGAGGGCUUCUGCAGAGAGCCGAGGAGCAGGACGAGCUGCUUUACCGAGAGUUGCCGAGGGCUUACGGAGAUAGCCGAAGAGCUUGGAGGCGGGGCCACAAGAGCCUUUCUCAGGGCCAAAGAGCCGAAAGGCUGGGAGGCGGAACCACUUCCGCAGGGCGAAGUGUCGGCACCGAGUGGCCGACGAGGUCCGAAGGCUUCCGGAGCAGCCGAAUCUUCUCCGACAGCUUCCGGAGAAAGCCGAGGGCUCCGAGAAGGGACGCUGAGGUGGAAUCAUGGCGGCGUCCGGCGCUGCUGGGGCUGAGAAGAAUGAGGAGCCGGCUCCGGAGGCUGAGGCGCUGGCUGCGGCCCGGGAGCGAAGUAGCCGCUUCUUGAGUGGCCUGGAGCUGGUGAAGCAGGGCGCCGAGGCGCGCGUGUUCCGCGGCCGCUUCCAGGGCCGCGCGGCCAUCGUGAAGCACCGCUUCCCCAAGGGCUAUCGGCACCCGGCGCUGGAGGCUCGGCUCGGCCGCCGGCGGACGGUACAGGAGGCUCGGGCCCUGCUCCGCUGCCGCCGCGCAGGGAUAUCUGCCCCAGUUGUCUUUUUUGUGGACUAUGCUUCCAACUGCUUGUACAUGGAAGAAAUUGAAGGCUCGGUGACUGUUCGAGAUUAUAUUCAAUCCACUAUGGAGAAUGAAAAAACUCCCCAAAGUCUCCUUGGUUUAGCCAAGACAAUUGGGCAGGUUUUGGCUCGAAUGCACGAUGAGGACCUCAUUCAUGGUGAUCUCACCACCUCAAACAUGCUCAUGAAACCCCCCCUGGAACAGCUGGACAUCGUGCUUAUUGACUUUGGGCUGAGCUUCAUUUCAGCACUUCCAGAAGAUAAGGGGGUUGACCUGUAUGUGCUUGAGAAAGCCUUCCUCAGUACCCAUCCCAGUACUGAGACUGUGUUUGAAGCCUUUCUGAAGAGCUACUCCACCUCCUCCAAAAAGGCCAGGCCAGUGCUAAAAAAAUUAGAUGAAGUACGCCUGAGAGGAAGAAAGAGGUCCAUGGUUGGUUAGAAGAAUGUUUGACAGCCACAGACAGUUAAGCUGUUUACUUCGAAGUAACUUUGAAGGAAUGCUAUGAAUAAGAAAUUAGACCUAAAUAAAGGUAUGAGAUAUUUUUAAGUGCUAUCUGUGGUCAUGGUGGUUAAGUGUCAUUAUCAUCUGCAGUUGACUGUUCUCAAGAACUUAGUAUGUACAUAAGUCACUUUCUAGGCGGAAUUGGGUGUUUAAGAUUAAUCUAGAACAGGCUUUCUCCCCAUUUGUGACAUACAUACCUGAGAUACACUGGCAUAGCGUUACGAAACAUUGAGUCACAUAAUGAGGACAUUGUUUUCUUGUCAGUCCUGGUAAGACAAGGACAAAAUCUCAGUUGGUGACAGUAUGUCCUUAGCAGCCUUCUAAUCCAGCUUUUUUGAUGUAUACAUGGCAUAUUUUUCUUGAAACCAGUGUAGUGGUAUACAACCAUCAUUUUAAAAACGAAGUAGAAUCAUAGACUAGAAAAUACCAGUGUGCUACAUGUAGAAUUAUAUUGUUUCAUGAAACUUGUUUCAGAUAUACAUAGACAAGGGUAUGUACUGGGGUUUGAUAUAAAAUACAUUUCUUGAUGAAUGUUACACUGAAGAAAAGGUGAAAAAUACUGCUGAACUCCAGUUUCUGUCUUUUUAAAAAAGUAGGCUCGUAGCUUUCAGGCAAGUGAGAUUUAUGUUAUUUUAUACAACACUGGUUUUUUUUGUUGUUGCUCUGUACUUUUAUGGUUACUUUCUAAUUAAGACAGGUAUGGAUAUAAAGUCCCCUUAUAGUUUACACAUGUUAAAAAGUGAGUCUAUAUCACGGACAGUGAGUAGAUAGAGAAAAAAGAAAGAGUAGAUAGUGAAGUGACUUGGGAAUGACUGAAGUUGGAUACGGCCUGGCUUAAGGGAAGGCUUUGGAAAACCAAGAUAAGAUGCAGAGUGUCACUAAUUACCUCACACUUAACCUUGCCCACCCUCGGUUUCUCCCCACCACCACCCAAAAGGUGUGUGUGGGGAAGUAUAAUAAAGUACUUUUCCUCCUUGUCAGCUUCAACUAAAAAAUAAAUAUUUUUAGUCCCUGUUA